AUGCCGCUGCGCGACAUCCUCCAUAAGAAAGACCGGUUGAAUAAUACCAGCGACCAAUAUGCGACUGACACACUAGAUGCUGCGAAUUCGGUGCCUGAGAUAAGGUUCAUUCGCUCUGACACCACUACUCAAGAAAUCAUCAUUCCACCCAACCACGACGUCGACCAUGAAGAUCGUCUAGCCUCGCCGCGGCCUUCCUCUUCCUCCUCCCACCGAAGAACGUUGAACCCAUUCCAUCGCUCUAGAACGCCGCCCGAUCCGCAAGACCCAGGGUCGCCAAGGGAGCGCCGGUUUUCUGGUUUCCUGCGGCGAGGCUCCUCUUCGUCUUCCGUCAAUUUGCCGCCGGACCUUCCGCAGAUAGCAGCCGAUGCUGGUGAUGAGCAAGAGCGCGAAGCACAAUGGGAAAAAAGAGCGACUGUCCUUGCGCAGCAGAGCCCACGGUACGGGUCUCCGAGCCAUUCGCCAGCUCCUUCCAUGGGGCUUGGUUCGGAGAAUGUACGACCUCGGUCUAGAAGUUCCAGUCACAGCCGAAUUAAUGACCCUCAAGGAGACGUCAAUAUCCUAGAGGCGAUCCGACUUCAUGAAGCUGGGGAGUUGGAGCAGUCAACAAGCAUGUUUGCACAGUUAGCGGACACAACCGGUGCGAACAAUGCCCUAAGUCAGGUGCUCUAUGGUCUUGCUCUAAGACAUGGCUGGGGUUGCAGACCAGACCCAGAAAAAGCGGUCGUGUACCUCUCAGCCGCGGCGUCCAAUUCGGCUUCCAUUGAAGCCCAAGCCCUCGAGGCAGGGCUCAAGAAAGGCGGCGCCGCUAAAGGCGAGCUUGUCCUAGCGAUCUUUGAAUUAGGAAACUGCUUUCGCAACGGCUGGGGUGUGAAGAAAGAUCCGGCAGCCGCGCGACAGUACUUCGAGACGGCUGCUAACCUGGGCGACACGGAUGCCAUGAACGAAGUUGCUUGGUGCUACCUGGAAGGAUUCGGAGGUAAAAAGGACAAAUUUAUGGCUGCGAAAUACUACCGACUGGCUGAGAGUAAAGGAAACAAGAUCGUGGGAAAUUCUUGUAAAUCCGCCCAUCUCCAACCUCUCUCCAAAACCGGCACUCGUCAUCUAGGCGCCCCAGCACAGCCCUAUCAUGCCCCACAGCCCUAUCAUGCUCCCGGCUCUCGUACAGAUGGGUGA